CUCCACUGGUCUCGGAUCCCAAGGGCACCUGAGGAUCAUAUUCGUAUCGCUGGAUUCUCUAGAAAAAAUCGCCGGAAAAUUGGAUCCAAUCGAUCGGACAUGUCUGUUAGUGUUUCCAUACCGUUGGCAUCCCUCCGGCGAGAUAGAGAAGAAGAACCUUAUUCGGAUCCCAGACCUUACUCAGGUGCCGGCAAAAUGGAAUUAUUGACAAUGGAAUAUGAUGGUGAAAGAUGCUCAUCCAGUAAGACCGCACCUCGAAACAACAAGUCUUUUAUGAGCACUGUAAAAUGCUUUGGGGUGGACUUGUCCCCAGAUAAUAUAGCAGUUGCGAUGGUCUAUUUUGUCCAAGGAGUCUUAGGCCUUUCUAGGCUUGCAGUGAGCUUUUACUUAAAAGAUGACCUCCAUCUUGAUCCAGCAGAGACAGCAGUGAUAUCUGGUUUUUCUGCAUUACCUUGGCUCAUAAAGCCUCUUUAUGGGUUUAUCAGUGACUCUUUUCCACUUUUUGGUUACCGAAGAAGGUCCUACCUUGUUUUAUCAGGGCUUCUUGGGGCAUUCUCAUGGUUUUUGAUGGCAACCUUUGUCGACAGCAAAUAUGAUGCUGCAUUUUGUAUUCUACUUGGAUCUCUUUCUGUUGCAUUCUCUGAUGUUGUUGUUGAUUCCAUGGUUGUAGAAAGAGCCCGCGGUGAGUCACAAAGCACAUCUGGAUCUCUUCAAUCUUUAUGUUGGGGGUCUUCAGCUUUUGGGGGGAUUGUGAGUGCUUAUUUUAGUGGCUCCUUGGUUGAUGCAUACGGUGUAAGGUAUGUUUUUGGUGUGACGGCAUUGCUUCCCUUGAUAACGUCUGCAGUUUCUGUUCUUGUUAAAGAACAACCUAUGCUGGGUACAGUGAAACGAUAUGGUCUUUUUCCUGUUGGCACAACUUUUCUUGAAAAUUCAAAACAGAAUAUGAUUCAGUUGUGGGAUGCUGUCAAGCAGCCUAAUGUGUUAUUGCCCACCUUAUUCAUUUUCCUGUGGCAAGCAACACCACAUUCAGAGUCCGCCAUGUUUUUCUUUACGACAAACAAACUUGGUUUUACUCCUGAAUUUCUAGGUCGCGUCAAGCUUGUUACUUCAAUUGCAUCUCUGUUGGGUGUUGGGCUGUAUAAUGGGUUUCUGAAGAAUGUUCCUCUGCGGAAGAUUUUUAUAGUGACAACAGUUAUAGGUUCAGCUCUCGGGAUGACACAGAUAUUCCUUGUUACUGGACUAAAUCGGCACUUAGGUAUAAGUGAUGAGUGGUUUUCAAUUGGAGAUUCUCUGAUAAUAACUGUCCUUGGGCAGGCAUCAUUCAUGCCUGUUCUGGUGUUAGCGGCGAGAUUAUGUCCACAGGGUAUGGAAGCAACACUGUUUGCUACCCUCAUGUCCGUCUCUAAUGCAGGUAGUGUCAUUGGCGGGCUUUUGGGUGCUGGUUUGACCAAACUCUUUGGUGUCACAAGGGAAAAUUUUGACCACCUAACUCUCUUGAUAUUUCUCUGCAACAUCAGUUCCCUGUUUCCUUUGCCACUCCUCCGCCUUCUUCCCAGUGACAGCCCAGAUUCCACAACAAAGGAUAAUGUGGAUGUCGAGCAGACAAAGUCGAAUUGAGGCUGUUGGCCUUUGGCUGGAUGCAUGACAAUGUUGAUUUGUUUCAUUGAGGAUACAGGAACUAAGUGAAGAUUGUAAAUAUGUACGUUUAUCCAAAGGAUCUUUCCACAUUGAUUACCAC